AUGGCAUGACAAGGGAGAACUUGAGCUUUUGGGAAAGCACUAAAGCCAUGCUGAAGCGGCCCCGGCUUCGACGAAGAACCUUGUUGAUUUACGCAGCAUGGCUCGGGCGCUUGGACAAUGGCCAUGGCUGGUGUGGGCAUUGCUGCGAUCGCCGGUAGCUACGCCAUCACGUACCAGUUGGCAUCAGAGGUCUUCCCCACCGUGAUCCGCGGGCGAGCGGUGCAGCUACAGCGCUUCAUAGGGGACCUCGGCGGACUCGCGGGCAUGCAAGUGGCGGCACUGGCAGAACGGGAGCGCUGCCUUCCAAUGAUAGUGAUGGGUGCCGUCUCGCUGGCAGCGUCUGUGCUCGUGUUCUUUCUUCCCGAGACAGUGCACCUGGCGUUGCCACAGACGCUCAACGACGGCGAGUCUCUGGCCGCGGAUAGAGGUAUCUGCUUCUGCACCUUAUCGUCCAAAAGGCAGCACAGUCGUCGAAAUGUACAGUGCCGUCGCCAUAAGGAUCAUGUUGACAAUAACGAACUCGAAAGCAUGGCCUAGUCUGCAGAUAAAGCAAAGAGCAUGCCAUCUGAGAUAACGCGGCGGACGUUACUGCCGCAAUCAUCACUCACUCACUCACUCACUCACUCACUCACUCACUCACUCACUCACUCACUCACUCACUCACUCACUCACUCACUCACUCACUCACUCACUCACUCACUCACUCACUCACUCACUCACUCACUCAGUCACUCACUCACUCACUCACUCACUCACUCACUCACUCACUCACUCACUCACUCACUCACUCACUUACAGUUUCUACAAAACUGAGGGUAGCGAAAAAAAAAAAAAAGCAGCGCUGCUUAACUGACCUUACAAUCCUAGGAAAUCAGCAGUAGGAGUGAAUACACGUAAGGGAUCUGUGCAACACACGUUGGAUAGCCUAUAAGCUUGACUUUGAAGAUUAAGUUAGUGUACUUAAAGAUGCAAAAAAACUCCCUUCAAAAUACUUUACUCCCGUCGAUACUAAACAGAUACCAAGAAAAUAUGGCGCGCUUUAGUUUAUGAAUCACAGCGAUAACUGUGACGUAAGCUUCCUUGACUGUCCAGGAAACGCUCUUGCAUGGAGCAAAUCUGCUUCUGCUUUAACCGAUGCUUUCAUACAAAACUUUUCUGGCGGCAUUGCCGACACUUUUCUUUCUGUCGCGCAGUUUUUAAGCUAUAUUUUAAUGGUUGUAUUAAUUGGGUCAAGUGGCGUCCACAGUGUCAUUACCAAAAUGAAAUCUUCAUCGUCUCCGGGAUGUUAUUCUAUUAUCCCAAAGUUCUUGAAAAGCACAGCUGUCAUUUCUGCCAUACUACUAUAUAUAAGAUAUUUUACCUGUCUCUUGAUACGGGUUCUAUGUCGGCAUAAAACCCGUAAAAGUUGGUACGGUGGAAAGUUGGUACGGUGAUUCCACGUUACAAAUCAAGUGCCAAGUAUUCCUCACUUAAGUACAGCACGACUCCACUAACUACAAUCCCUUGCAAAAUUUUAGAACGCAUCUUGUUUUUCCGUAUCGCUAGUUUUCUUGGAUCCAUGCCUCCCUUUUCACUAAUGCACAACACGGCUCCAGAAAGACUUACUCACGAAGAACACAAAUGGUGUCGUUGUUAACAACGCUAACAAAAUAAAGUUUCCUUCGCCGGAACUUCUUUUUGUCUUUUUUCUUCCUCUAAACUGAUGCUCUAUAA